CGGAGCAGGGGGCGGUUUGGUUGCGCGGUACUAGCGGUGCCCGCCGAAGGGGGAGGAGGCGGAGGAGCGAGCCGUGCGGCCAGAGCGGGAAAGAGACUCGUCGCUGCGUCCGAGUUCUGGAGCUGCCGCACCCCGGCUCCUGGGGCUGCAGCGGGACCUCUGAGGGGCCGGGCGUCCGCUGUCUCCCGGAUCCCCGCGUAGGACCCCGCGGGAUCGGAAAAGGGAGAAGAUGGAGGAGGGCGGCAGCGGCGGCGGCGCCGCGGGGACCAGCGGGGACGGCGGCGCCGGGGGAGAGCAGCUCCUCACUGUCAAGCACGAGCUGCGGACGGCUAAUUUAACAGGACAUGCAGAGAAGGUGGGGAUUGAAAAUUUUGAGCUCCUCAAGGUCCUAGGAACUGGAGCUUAUGGAAAAGUAUUUCUGGUUCGUAAAAUCAGCGGUCACGACGCUGGCAAGCUGUACGCCAUGAAAGUCUUGAAAAAGGCCACAAUAGUGCAAAAGGCCAAAACCACAGAGCACACAAGGACGGAGCGGCAAGUCCUGGAGCACAUCAGGCAGUCACCGUUCUUGGUGACCUUGCACUAUGCUUUCCAGACAGAAACCAAACUUCAUCUCAUUUUAGAUUAUAUAAAUGGUGGAGAACUUUUUACUCAUCUUUCUCAAAGAGAGCGUUUCACAGAGCACGAGGUGCGGAUCUAUGUUGGAGAGAUCGUGCUUGCCCUCGAACAUCUCCACAAGUUGGGAAUUAUAUACCGUGACAUUAAGCUUGAGAACAUUCUACUUGAUUCUAAUGGCCACGUGGUGCUGACAGAUUUUGGUCUGAGUAAGGAGUUUGUGGCUGAAGAAGCUGAAAGAGCAUUUUCCUUUUGUGGAACUAUUGAAUACAUGGCACCGGAUAUUGUCAGAGGGGGAGAUUCAGGACAUGACAAGGCAGUUGACUGGUGGAGCUUAGGUGUUCUAAUGUAUGAAUUACUAACUGGAGCAUCUCCUUUCACUGUCGAUGGGGAGAAGAAUUCCCAAGCUGAGAUAUCUAGGAGAAUAUUAAAAAGUGAGCCUCCAUAUCCUCAAGAAAUGAGUGCUUUAGCUAAAGACCUAAUUCAGCGUCUUUUGAUGAAAGAUCCCAAGAAAAGAUUGGGAUGUGGCCCACGUGAUGCGGAUGAAAUCAAAGAACAUCUCUUUUUUCAGAAAAUAAAUUGGGAUGAUUUAGCUGCCAAAAAAGUGCUCGCGCCAUUUAAGCCAGUCAUCCGAGACGAAUUAGAUGUGAGUAACUUUGCAGAAGAGUUCACGGAGAUGGACCCCACCUACUCGCCCGCAGCACUGCCCCAGAGCUCCGAGAGGCUGUUUCAGGGCUAUUCCUUUGUUGCUCCUUCUAUUCUGUUCAAACGUAAUGCAGCUGUAAUAGAUCCUUUUCAAUUUCACAUGGGAGUUGAACGUCCUGGAGUGACAAAUGUUGCCAGGAGCGCAAUGAUGAAGGACUCCCCAUUCUAUCAGCACUAUGACCUGGAUCUGAAGGACAAGCCACUGGGAGAGGGAAGUUUUUCAAUUUGUCGAAAGUGCAUACACAAAAAAAGUAACCAAGCCUUUGCAGUCAAAAUAAUCAGCAAAAGGAUGGAAGCCAAUACUCAGAAAGAAAUCACAGCUCUGAAGCUCUGUGAAGGACACCCCAAUAUCGUGAAGCUGCAUGAAAUUUUUCACGAUCAGCUUCACACGUUUCUGGUGAUGGAACUUCUGAACGGGGGAGAGCUGUUUGAACGCAUUAAGAAAAAGAAACACUUCAGUGAGACUGAAGCCAGCUGCAUCAUGCGGAAGCUCGUUUCGGCCGUGAGCCACAUGCAUGAUGUGGGCGUGGUGCACAGGGACCUGAAGCCCGAGAAUUUAUUGUUCACUGAUGAAAAUGACAAUUUGGAAAUUAAAGUAAUCGAUUUUGGGUUUGCACGCUUAAAGCCACCUGAUAACCAGCCUCUCAAGACGCCCUGCUUCACCCUGCACUAUGCGGCCCCCGAGCUCUUGAAUCAUAAUGGCUACGAUGAGUCCUGUGACCUCUGGAGCCUGGGUGUCAUUUUGUAUACAAUGUUGUCAGGGCAAGUUCCAUUCCAAUCUCAUGACAAAAGUUUGACAUGUACCAGUGCGGUGGAAAUCAUGAAGAAAAUUAAAAAGGGAGAUUUCUCCUUUGAAGGAGAAGCCUGGAAGAAUGUAUCCCAAGAAGCUAAAGAUUUGAUCCAAGGACUCCUCACAGUCGAUCCAAAUAAAAGGCUUAAAAUGUCAGGCUUGAGAUACAACGAAUGGCUUCAAGAUGGCAGUCAGCUGUCCUCAAAUCCUCUGAUGACUCCGGACAUUCUAGGAUCUUCGGGAGCUGCUGUGCAAACCUGUGUGAAAGCAACCUUCCACGCCUUUAACAAAUACAAGAGAGAGGGGUUUUGCCUUCAGAAUGUCGACAAGGCCCCUUUGGCGAAGAGAAGGAAAAUGAAGAAGACCAGCACCAGUACAGAGACACGCAGUAGCUCAAGCGAAAGUUCUCACUCGUCCUCCUCUCACUCCCACGGGAAAACCACGCCCACUAAGACCCUGCAGCCCAGCAACCCCGCGGACCCCACUCACCCAGACACGCUCUUCCAGUUCUCGGACUGAGUGGUGCGGGGACGGUAGGA